GGCGGGGCUCCUCAGACCCCUCCCCACCGGCGCGAAGAUGGCGGCGGAACCAGAACCGGGUUCUGACCCGGAGCUGGAGGAACUGCUGGACAGUGCCCUGGAUGACUUCGAGAAGACCCGACCCGCCGCGCCCCCCCCACCACCCCCAGCGGGGUCUCAGCCCUCGCCCAGCGCCUCUGCCAAGGCCUCGCUCUUCGCCUCGCAGGAGCGGUUCUUCCAGGAGCUCUUCGAGGGGGACAUGGCCUCCCAGGCAGCUGCCGAGUUCGAGGAGGCCAUGAAGGAGCUGGCACGGGAGGAGCCACACCUGGUGGAGCAGUUCCAGAAACUCUCGGAGGCGGCCGGCAGAGUGGGCAGCGACGCAGCCUCGCAGCAGGAGUUCACCUCCUGCCUCAAGGAGACGCUCAGCGGGUUGGCCAAGAACGCCACCGACCUCCAGAGCUCCUCGGAGGAGGAGGUGGCGAAGGCUCUGGAGGGGCUGGGGCUGGAGGAGGGGGAGGGCAGCGUCCUGCCCGUCAUGCGCAGCAUCAUGGAGAGCCUCCUGUCCAAGGAGCUGCUGUACCCCUCCCUCAAGGAGAUCACCGAGAAGUAUCCGGAGUGGCUGCGGCAGCACGGUCCGGGGCUGCCAGCCGAGCAGUACCAGCGGUACCGGGCCCAGCUGGGGGUAAUGGGCCGGAUCUGUCAGCAGCUGGAGAGGGAGAGGGGUGGGGAGGGGGAGGAGGAGCGGCGGGAGCGCUUCGAGACCCUCCUGGACCUCAUGCAGCAGCUGCAGGACCUGGGCCACCCCCCCAAGGAGUUGGCCGGGGAGUCGCCCCCCGGCUUCAACCUGGAGGUGCCGGGGGGGCCGGGGGGGGAGCAGUGCCGACUGAUGUAGGGUCUGGGGGGGCUGCACUGCCCCUCGCCCCCUCCCCACCUCACGGAGCCCCCGGCGAGGAUGAGGAGGAUGGGGAUGAGGACACUGAGUGGAGCCACGAGGAGCUGGGGGGGUGGGGGUUGAGCACGGAGACCCCCCCGGGCUUGGGGACACCUCUGUCCCCCCACCAUGUCCCCAAUAAAGGUGAUGGCACUGCCA